AUGCGCUCAGUCUUCUUCACUGGCCUUCUGGCUACUCUCGCCAUUGCGAGCCCGAUUGCAGUCGUCGAGAAGCGCGGUGCUGCCAACAUCGCUGCUGCCCUGGACAACGUCAGUGCGAACAUCAAGACCGUCAACUCUACCUUGAGCACCUUCAACAAAGGCGAUCUCGACUCGCUCAUCAAGGUCCUCAAGAUUCAGCAACAAACCAAAGACCUCGGUGAAUCGCUCAAGACAGCGACUUCCGCAGCCGAAGCAUCGGAGCCUCUGGACGAUGCAGGCAGCUUGACCAUCGGCUUGGCCAUCUUGAACGACCUACUACCAGACACAACCUCUCUCCUCACCAAGAUCGAGUCCAAGAAGCCAGCGUUCGACGCUGCCGUCCUUGGUAUUGCCUCUGUAUCCGCCACCGUUAAGAAGUCCCUUGUAGAACAGAAGCAGCAAUCCGCCGAGCUUGGACAAGCCAUCACUGCUAAGCUCACACCAGCCUUCGCCAACCUCGCUCCUGGAAUCAAUCAACAAAUUGCAGACAAGUUCACUGAGGCUAUCAACAUUUACUCGCAACCAGGUGGACUCAUUCCACUUCCAGCUUUGCCUUUCAAGGAGUAA